UUUUUCCCCUCUUUCGUUUUUUUUUCCAAUAGUUUGAAGAUUCUUUUAGGUGUUCUGAAAUCUUCUCUGUAGAUUCAAUUUGGGUUUGAAGUCUCGUGUUCUUCAGUUUGGAGUGGGUUAUUUCGUCGAUAGAAGCAAGGGUUCUAACAACAGUUGGCAGUUUGAAGAUUCAAUUAGGCGUUCUAUAAAUCUUCUCUGUAGAUUCAAUUAGGGUUUGUAGACUCGAUUUUCUCAGUUUGCAGAGGGGUAUUUUGCCUUUCGCAGCCAGGGUUCUAACAAUCUUUGGCCGUUUGAAGAUUAAGGGUUUGAAGUCCUGAAUUUCUCAUCGCCGGUAGAAGUGUUGUUCUGGGUUUUUGAGGAGUUGCCAUAUUGUUCUACUGUAAGUGGUUUAUUGAAUCUGUAAUUAGGGGGGUUUGGGAUUCAUAUUCAGGUUUUUGUGCUUUGUGUUGUAGUUUUUGGAAUUUGGUGUUCAGGCUUUUGUUUUCUUUUGACGGAUUCAAGAUUCCAAAGGUUCCCAAUUUGUUUCCUUCAUUUCUUCAUCUCUUGCCCUGUGGCGAGGUGUUUAGAGGCAGGGGUUCGUCCACUGCAGAAUUUGGCUAGUGUUUUUGGAUUUGUUUUUUUCAAUUUUCAUCUUUGAGAAUCUGUAGUUGAAUUUGGUCUAGGGAGUUUGUUAAAGGUGUGGUGGGUAAUUGAAGUAUUGUUUUUGUUUCUUUUCAUCUCCAUCUCUGUGAAACAACAGAUGAAAUUGAUUUGGGGAUUUUGUUGUCCUUAGUUUAUAUUGGCUUCUUUAGGACUCUGAAGUGGGUUUUUCUCGUGUGUGUGUUUGAAGAAGCACAAUCAGUGGUGUAAAAACUUAAAAUUAGGAAUCUGAAGUGGGGUUUUUGAGUGAUUGAACAGGAGACUCCGUGGUUUUUCUUUGAGUUGUGAAGGUUUAAUUAGUGUUUUGUUGUAUGUUAUUUUGAGUUUUCAUUGGUGUUUAAAUCUUAAAAUCCCAUACACUAAAUUCUAAUUCCUUUUUCUUUACUGCAUUCUCUUCAUUGCCUGGGGUAGUUACAGCUGUUUCAGGAAGCCAUGCCUUGCACACGGUCCAAGUCUUCAUCUUCAUCCACGCAGUAUAGAGUAGCACCUUCUGUUGCUUCAGGUUCUUAUCAUCUUGGGUCUCCUUCUCCUCAUCCUUCAACAUCUGUAUCUCAAGGAGAUAAAGUUCAUUGCCCCUUCAAGGGAUACGACGGUUGCCAAGAUGGUGUGAGUGGAGGAGGAUAUGCCAGGAGUGCUAUCUACCGCCAUAUCACAGACAGACACUUCUCCUCUAAGAAGGACACGGACAUUUGCAGAGAUCGUAUAUAAACCAACUUUGAUUGUUUUGUCGCUUGGGAAAGGGUCUUCCUAGACCUGAAGAUGUGGCUGUGUUUUAAAUGUCUUCACUUCAUGCAUGGAAAAAGCCCUGCACUUCUGAGUCACAUCCAGCAGACAUCAUUGCAGGUCCAUUAAAUAGCAACGAUGCAGACUUCCUUAUACAUGGUGUUUUGAGACCACAAGCAACCGCGGCUAAUAUAAUUAGAGCCAAUCCUGAUACCAGCAAGCCAGCAGAUGGUGAUACAAUAUCCACCCUUACAGUGGAGAUGCUUCACUUGAUCCUUCAGAAACAACUCACUACCACUCACUGAAGAGCUUCCCGAAAGGUACCUCUUGCGCUCGGGAUGGACCUCGAACUCAACAUUUGCUCGAUACCAUGAGUGGUGCUGCCGCGGCUGUGUCAGAUGAACUUCUUCAUUCUGUUACAGGGGUUGUUAACCUUUGGCUCGCAGGUAAGUGUCCUCUAGUGCUUGGUGAAUUGGUUGCUAGUGCACCCUUGACCUCAUUGCUUAAGCCAGGAGGAGGGAUAAGACCAAUAGCAGUUGGGACUAUUUGGCGCAGGCUAUGCUCUAAAAUUGCUGCUACGGGCAGUCUGUAAGGACAUUACUGCUUAUUUUGGGACGUUUCAAUUUGGGGUAGGCAUACCCUGCGGUGGUGAGGGCAUUAUGCACUCAACCAAUAGGCUCUUGGAGAUGAAGGGUGCUGAUAACACCAAGACUAUGUUGCUCAUAGACUUUUCUAAUGCUUUUAAUCUUGUGGACAAGUCUUCACUCAUUAGAGAAGCUAGAACUCAUUGUCCAUCUAUUUCACGGUGGGUCGAGUUUUGCUAUUCACGACCGGCACGUCUUUAUUACAAUGAUACAUCUCUUUCAUCUUCACAGGGUGUUCAGCAGGGUGACCCCCUUGGUCCCUUGCUGUUCGGCCUAGCACUACACCAAAUCGCUGAGAAGAUUGCUUCGCACUGCACCCUCGACCUCCAUGCAUGGUAUCUCGACGAUGGUACCAUCGCAUGUGAUACAAUGGAGGUGUCCAAGGUACUGAAAAUUAUUCAAUCUGACGGGCCAAGCAGAGGUCUUCACCUGAAUGUCACCAAGACCAAGAUAUUUUGGCCUAGUUUCGAUCCGAGAAGGGAAGCAGCUGGCGUUUUCCCUCCAAACAUUGGUAUGCCUUCAGUUGGUGUGGAACUCUUGGGUGGCCCUGUUAGCCUUGGUCUGCAGUAUUGUAUUAUCAUGGUUCACAGUAGGGUUGGUAAACCUCUACAGCUCAUGGACAAGAUGAAGCAGCUGCAAGACCUGCAAAGCGAACUUCUACUUUUGCGCAACUGUAGUGGAGUUUCCAGGCUCUACUUUACACUUCGCAUCACCACCCCUUCGGCAAUUCAAACUGAUGCUGCACAUUUUGAUAAGCACCUCUUUCAAUACUUGCGACAAAUUGUUGUUAGAGAUGGAGUUGGUUUUGGUUUGAUACAACAACGUCUGGUUACACUGCCACUUAAAGACGGGGGCUUGGGAAUACAUACAAUGUCUAACACAUGUCAGUUUUGUUUCCUAGCCCCUUGUGCACAGACCCAACAUCUACAAACCACCAUCCUGAAACAAUUAUCAGUUCAGUAUCGAGUCUUAGGUAUCAGCAAGCCUUACAGACCUGCACUCAAGUCUGUGGGCUAUCAGACACCAAGUUCAGCAUCAACGACGCCGCCCCUCGGUAUAUGAAAUCACUGGCGGUUAUUUACUUUGGUCUUGUUAAGGAGAAAAUAGCCACCGACUUCUCUUUACCUGACCGAGAUCUCACCCUAUGGCACUACAAUAGAAUCGCCCAUGCAAUGGAUUUCCUGAAGGCCAUACCUAUCAGCGGACUUAACCAAGCUAUUGCGCUAAGACAGUUUCGAUCUGUGCUCAGCUACCGGUUUGGCAUACCUCUCUUUGGUAAGGACAGUACAUGCUCAAGUUGCAACAGACAUAUGGAAGUAUUCGGAGAUCAUGCCUUGCAUUUUGCUAGUGAUAUUAAGCCUAAGUUCCGGCACAACUUGGUGAGAAAUGUCUUAGCUGAUAUGUGUUAUAAAGCUGGAGUUGCUGCUAGGAAGGAAGCUGUCCUGGGGUUCUUGUCCGAUAAUGCUACUAGUCUCCGACCCGCUGACAUCCUGGUUUAUACUUGGGAAGAUGGGAAAGACGUUUGCAUGGAUGUUAUCGGUGACUCUCCUUUCACAAGUGCUAGUACUCGCGACCCUUCUCCUGGACAUGCUAUUCCAGCCGCAGUCGCUCGCAAACGUACUAAAUACCUAUACAAGUGUUUAUCGCAUGGUUACGGUUUUUGUGUUUUGGCCUUCUCAACUAUGGGUGCACUUGGUGAAGAGACUAUCUCUGUUCUGCAGAGAUUGAGAAACUGUCUAGUCAAUCUGGAUGCAAAUCAUAAGAUAGGAAAGCUCCCUCUUUUACAGGUUAGGGAUUGUUAUUCAAAAAGGUGGGCUAGGUUGCACGCCAUUCCUUGUAAUGUUACUCUUUCUUCAUAAAAUGUAAUAAAUUCAGCGUAAA